CUCGUUUCAAGCGGAUGCGACCAUCUUAUGCAGCACGAGCGCAUUGCGAAUUGCGAAUAGCAUAAUGGACAGCGUUGAAGAACCUGAUGUCUUCAGCCGCAUUCUGCCGUUGCCAUUCAGGUUCGAGUUUCAGCUCAUCGUCGGAUUCUGGCUCUGGGGUCUAAACUUACAAGUCUUCCAUUGGGCCAACAUCGACAUCUAUACACUCAUCCGAUAUCCUGUCCGACCAGCCGACGAUGAGCCUCUACUACAUUAUUCCGUCUAUCGACUGGCCUCGAUUCUGACCGGCAUGUGGGCUGUCGUAAUCAUGCUCUACUGGAAUUUCACCGCUGGAGAAUCCUCAAAAGUCAUUGCGUAUGACUGGAUGCCCAAUCUCUUGUUUCUCGCAAUGCUUGCCGUCCUACUGGCUCCAAGAUGGAAGGCACUGCAACCGAUAUUCGGCCAAGGACGGUCUACUGGGCUGGUGCGCUUGUGGACGGGCCUCCAGAGGGUGUCAUUGGGUGGCAUCGCUGGUCCGAAGCCCGAGAAAUUUGGAGACGUACUGCUGGCAGAUGUUUUGACUUCUUAUGCGAAGCCUAUCUCUGAGGUCUUUGUAUCCAUUUGCAUGCUGCUAAAGCAAGUCGGCACCACGAACCGACCCGACCGAACUUGCGGGCACUCUCUUAUCGUUCCUCUUGCCAUCGCCUGGCCUUUCAUUAUCCGACUCAGACAGUGCCUCAAGGAGGGCCAAAUUCUCAACGCAUUAAAAUAUUCAACAGCAUUUCCGGUCAUCAUCCUCAGUACCUUGGCUCAGGCGGGCGAAGAAUCUUGGUACCACGCAGCAUGGCAAUUGGCAGCGGUAGUAAAUUCUCUCUACAGCUUCUGGUGGGAUGUCACUCGGGAUUGGGAUUUGACGUUGCUCUCCUACUAUCAGCAUAAAUCGCCCUAUGGCUUACGACCAAGAAGAGGUUUCAAGCGUCUAUGGCUUUAUUAUGCCGUGGUCGUUUUCGAUCUGAUCCUGCGUUUUGCAUGGUCGUACAAGCUUUCUUUGCAUCUAGUAUACUUUGAGGCUUUGGAGGGCAAGAUCUUUUUGUUGGAAUUGAUGGAGUUGGUUCGACGUUGGGUGUGGGUAUACUUCCGAGUUGAAACGGAAUGGGUCAGGUCCGCACCAACAGCACAAAUAGAUCUGUAACAUCACGCACAUGUAACAUUGUAUGAUACAUCGUUCGCUUUGAACCGGUUUCG